UUUGAAUUUUCAUUGACAGCUAGUCAUAUUGAUCUGACUUCUGUGUCAUGAACGGCUUAAUGAUUUUUUUAAUUAUUGAGUAAGGGUAAUCAAAAUACACAAUGAAGCCUCGACCCUGCGGAUGCAAAGGUUGUCGAACCUGUUUAGUUUGUGAAACUAAGUACGGUGCUACUGAAUUUAAGCCAACAAUAACACUAGAUAAAACAAGAGGUUAUGUGUAUUGCCCUUUUUGUUGUAAAGCUUGGUCUGGAUGGGAUAUCGAUUCGUAUAAACAACAUCCAAAUCAUAGAGGCGAAUGUUUGACUUUUCCUGGAGUGUAUAUACAACUGGAUUUUAUAUCGGAAGAUGAAGAAAAUGAACUAAUGAAAUGUAUCGAUGAAGUACCUUGGGAUGUAUCACAAAGUGGCCGGCGAAAGCAAAAUUUUGGACCAAAAACGAAUUUUAAAAAGAAAAGAAUAGUGUCAGGUAAUUUUGAUGGCUUCCCGCAGUUCUCUAGGUAUUUGCAAGACAGAUUCGAAACAAUCGAACUAUUGAAAGGCUACAAAGUGAUAGAACAAUGUUCUUUGGAAUAUAAUCCUAGCACAGGUGCGUCAAUAGAUCCACACAUAGAUGAUUGCUGGAUCUGGGGUGAGAGGAUUGUGACUGUGAACUGUUUGUCUGACACUGCUUUAACCAUGACUGCAUAUAAUGGAGACAUGAGUAAAUAUAACUUAUUAUCAGCUGAAGAAUAUCCACCACUAGUACAACCUAAUGGUGAUUUAGAUUUAGAGUUCAAGAGCAAUAAAAAUGUGUUGGAGUCAUGUGAACCAAUUAUCAAUAGAGAUGCUAUUGUAAGGAUACCUUUAAUUCGGCGUUCUUUAACAGUGUUGUAUGGAGAAUCAAGAUACCUUUGGGAACAUUGUGUUUUAAGAGAAGAUAUUACAUCCAGAAGAGUAUGCAUAGCUUAUAGAGAGUUCACACCCCCAUAUAUGCCCAAUGGCUGCCAUAAUGUUAUCGGAAAUGAAAUAAGAAAUAAAGCCAAACAAUUUUGGGACCACAGAUCCAAAUAUAAGCACCAAAUAACCGAUUAAGACUAUAUUGAGCAAUAUUAUUUAUGUUUACACUAAUUAAUACAAGU